AGCAGUAGGAAAAGACAAAAAGUACUCGGCCACUGCGCUUGGGUGUUGCGGGGAACGGGACGGAACUUGAUAACCAUUGAUAACGUUUCAAUAGAAUGUUGGAAGUGCAGCGUUGCCCUCCAUUAGAGGAACUUGUGUCUUCCGCUAGCGAUAUAUUCCGUUCUAAUUUUAAAAUCGAGCCUACACAUUGCGCUUUCGCACCGGGUCGCGUGAAUCUAAUCGGCGAGCAUGUUGACUACUGCGAUGGAUUUGUGCUCCCCAUGGCCCUACCCAUGUACACGGUCGUGGUGGCUAGCCAAAGCGGUAAUUCUUCCUGCACUGUGGUCGCAGCCAGCCUACCCAAAGAGGAAACUGCACAUUUCAGUCUGCCAACCAGCCAGGAGCCACUGGUGCCUGGAGAUCCCUUCUGGAGCAACUAUGUGAAGGGAGUUGUGGCAAAUUUUCCUGGUAGCCUCUGCGGAUUUAAUGCGGUCGUCGUCAGUUCUGUUCCAAUUGGUGCUGGACUCUCCAGCUCUGCAGCACUUGAGGUGGCAACGUUCUGCAUGCUCGAAUCGCUCAUGGAAUCGCCCCUUCAAGUCAGCACUGUGGAGAAAGCGCUGUGUUGUCAGAGGGCAGAACAUCACUUCGCAAAGGUCCCGUGUGGAAUUAUGGACCAGUUCAUCGCAUUCAUGGGCCAACAAGACAAUGCUCUGCUUUUGGAUUGUCGGUCCCUGGAGGCGAGACAGGUCCCCCUGAUCGAUCCCUCCGUGAGCGUCCUCAUCAUCGACUCAAACGUCAAGCACAAAUUGUGCCAGGGUGAAUAUGCGAAACGACGCUCAGACUGUGAAGGAGCCAUCUCACUUCUUGGGAAAAGCCUUCGCGAUGCAACUGAGAAAGAAGUGCAAGAUCAUAAGGAACAGAUGACAGCAGAACAGUUUGCUGCUGCCCAUCACGUUGUCACUGAGAUCCACCGAACGACAACUGCAGCUCAAGCUUUGGAGUCUGGAAACCUCGUAGAAUUUGGCAGACUCAUGGCUGAGAGCCACACAUCACUGCGCGACGACUUUCGAGUGUCAUGCAACGAAGUGGACACGCUGGUAGAGCUCUGCCUCUCAAUCAAAGGCGUGUAUGGCUCACGUAUGACGGGUGCAGGCUUCGGAGGUUGCACCGUCACGCUACUCAAUACGGAGGUGCUUCAGCGGGUCAUAGAUCAUAUCGAGAACAACUACAAAGGUAGUCCAACAUUCUAUGUCUGCAAGCCGUCCCAUGGAGCCGCAUUCCACCAUUUGACACCCAAAUAGCUUUCUUGUUUUAUUUAGCGGGUCAGCUGUUGUAGACAAGGAAGAGAAGUAGUCAAGUAGAGCAAUUUACUCCAGUUAAUGCAAAGAGAAAUGAACAUAUGUAUGGAUGUUACAUAUAUGGCAUGAGUACAUCAUGCAUGCAGUAUCAUGAAGAGAUGAGAAAGUGGAGGAAAAUACAAAAAGUCAUGAAGAUAAGUGGUUCUUCGCUGUGUAUUGUUUGCAGCUAGUAAAUCCAGAAUAAAAUAGUCGUUCCCAA